GAGCAGGAGCGCAACGCGUUCCUGGAGCGCAUCCAGGCCGAGGAGGUCCGCCGCGAGCAGGCCCGCAUCGCGGCCGCGCGGCCCGUGCCGCCGCCGCCGAACCGCGCGACCGGCGCGGGCGACGACAGCGACGAGGGCUGGGAGGAGAGCGACGAGGACGAUCCCGUCGAGGACCUCAUCCACCGCGAGCGCAUCCGCGAGCGCGACCUGCUGCGGACGCCCGGCUGCCUCGCCCUCGGCCGCAAGGCCUUCCGCCUCGAGGACAUGCCGCGCGUCACGGAGCGCGACCGCGAGAUCCUGCGGCGCGUGCUCUACAUCCUCCGCGAGGCCGAGCGGCGCAACUGCGGCGAGCUCGAGGUCCCGCGGCCGCGGGAGUGGGCGAACUCCGAGCUCGGCGACACGAUGACGACGGAGGCGAUCCGCGCGCGCUUCGACCUGCGGCGCGACGACGGCGUCUUUUUUUUUGUGCGCCUCCAGCGCCUCUUCCCGAACCACAACUUCCGCCUCUCGUGGUCCGUGCGCUUCAACGUCGUCGUCCAGACCAUCGACGCGAUCGCGCUCGACUCGAACCUCGAGCUCACGCGCGUCGACAUGGAGGUCCGCCGCUCCACGGUCGGCGUCUACGAGGACUCGCUCGCCUGCCAGCUCCUGGGCCAGACCUACUACGUCCACCCGGACAAGACGAUCAAGAUCACGGUCGACCUCGUCGUCACGAGCGAGGUCAUCGGCGCGUUCCCGCGCACGGCCCCGGGCCGCGCCGAGGUCCACAUCAAGGAGCUGGGCUUCCACUUUGCCAUGCACGUCAAGAACCGCAUGCUCAAGAAGUGCUGCUACACGCUCUACCUGCUCGAGCUCGCGGACAGGCUCCGGUCCGAGGCCUCCCGCGAGACCCUCAAGACGGCGCGCAAGAACGUCGUCGAGGCCGAGGGCGAGUACCAGCUCGCGCUGUCGAACUACCGCCAGAUGGAGCUCUGGUGCUUCUUCAAGCUCGACAUGGCCCUGCUCGCGCGCCCGACGCUCGCGGGCGUCAUCCGCAAGUUCGCGAACGCGAUCGCGCGCAAGGCCGCCGAGGCCCGCGGCGAGACCUUCGUGCCCACGCCCUACGACGAGACGGCCGUCGACGCCGUCGUCGUGACGGCGGUCCCGCCCGUCGCGCCCGUCGUCGCGCCGGAGCCCGCGCCGCCGGCCGUCGCGGCCAUGGACGCGCGAAGCCCGCAUCCGUCGUUUGCACUGGUCUCGGCGCCGGCGGGGCCGCCGCUCAAGGCGCUCGAGGGCAUGACGCGCAAGGAGCUGGACGCGGAGCUCGACGCGGCGGGCGUGCCGAAGAAGGGCCGGGCCGUCAAGCACACCGCGAUCGAGGUCCUCUGCGACCUCGUGCGCCGCCUCCGCGCCGGCGAGCCCGCGGCGUCGCUCAAGGUCCCCCGGAAGCCCAAGUCCGCGGAGGAGCUGUUCGUCCUCGACAAGGCGGAGCAGCUCGC